UGGCCGACGCGCUUUAAUUUGAAAAUCUUCUUUCUUUUCUCCUUCGAUUUUUAGUAGAUGGGACGCAUCUUCAGUUUGUUCGUGAAUCUGACGCCAUCAAGGCCGUCCAUUUUUCAAUCAUAGCAUCAAUGGUGUUAGAUUAACGCACAAACUCGUGAUCUGUCUCCUCUUGAAAACACCCGAAUCUUUCCUUUUUUGGCCCUUUGCCGCCAAUUUUCGCCAAAUUUUCCCUCUCUUAAAUUUCGUUUUUAUAAUUUGAUUCAGAAACGCAGAGAGAGAGAGAGGGAGAGAGAUCGGAUGGCGUCGGGCGCAGGAGAGUGGUCGACGGCGCAGAUGGAUGACUACGAGACGUUGAUUUCAACGACCGAUGUGGAGCUCUUGAAGAGAGCGUGGCGCAACGAGAAAGCGGCUCCUGAGAUCCUUCCUUUCGAGGAGGCUUUAGUUAAGAGAGCUAAAGAGCAGAUCCAGUUGAUGGAAGAAACGGUAGAUGAGUUUGCAGAAAGUGGUCAUGAUCCUCUCAUUGCAUCACUCUAUCAGAUGGACCUGGAUAGGGCUCAGUUUUUGCUGAGAUCAUAUCUCCGGGUUCGGCUUCAGAAGAUUGAGAAAUUCAUGUUUUAUAUAUGGAAAAGUGAUGCUUAUCGUCACCGGCUUUCUACAGAAGAGGAAAAGUUUGGUGAAAGGUGUAUUCGUGAUAUUGGGAAACAUCUUGAAGAAACUGUUCUGUCAAAAUUGCCUGAUAAUUAUCAGUCUUUAUUAAAGCAAUCCAUCAUCAGUGAAGAGGAUGAUAUGGUUCCAGAGCCACAAUUAGAUACAUUUGUUGUUGCCAAAUGCCAGAGAGCUACAAGACCUUUGUUCCUUGAUGGCAGCAGGCAAUCUGCUGGCUUUGACAACAGAGAUGAUCACUUCCAAAUGGUGCCUGGAGAUUUAUGCAUUUUGCGUUACAGGCCAUUUCAAGAGGAAUUGAUGAGUGGAAAUAUCAGUUUAGUCUGAGGGUCCAUGAGUAGCAUCUGUUGUAAGUCGGUACAAAAACCAAGCUGCUCUUCUUACCAGGCACUCAUUAUCCUACUUUUGUAAGUUGUGAAUACAAAUUCCUUCCGCACCCCGACAUACUUUCCUUUGCUAGUUUUGCCUGCUGUUCUUGCAAGCAUCUAGUAAACAUAGUCGAUUGAAACUUGUAACACGUAUGAUGAUCAAAACGCUUCAAAAUUUAUGUUAAGGAUUUUUGCUUUCUUGUCUCCAUCCAUAUAGAUAUGGUGUGGCUCGAACAGUAUUAUGUAAUGUUUAUGGAAAGUUCAUAGUCCCUUGUCCUUCUGGACUUGAAACCCAGAUUUGAAUAUCUGUGAGAUAGCUCUAGCCUUUAACUGCACGUUUGGUAUGGGGAAUAGCUAUGCUAUUUCCCCUCUAUUUCCAGUAAUUUGUUGUAACUUUGUUUGGUUUAGUAGUGCAACAAGGAAUAGGAGUUUUUCAGUAA